GUAUACUCUCUUGCAUUGUAAUAAACAUAUGAACAAUUAGAGACUAAUGAAACAUAUACAUAAAUACCUAUGUACACAUUUCUCGGUCUGUCCACACUUUGAAUCUAUACUUUGCGCGAACGUUACUGCUUCUGAUUUUCUACGUUGGCAAUAUUGAGUCAACUAACUAGCGUUCGUAAUCUGGGAAUGAAUAUCGCCAACAUGAUCAAAAGAUGGAUUUUAAUUCUGAAAAAUGUGUUUUAGAUAAGUGUCAUAUUUAAUUUAAAAAUAAUAUCCAAUGAAAUUCUAAAACGGUGACAAUAGUAAAAUAAAAAAUAAAAAAAAAAAAGAAAAUGUCAACCAUGAAAGGUGUAAGAAGAAAUAUACCUUAUCUCCAACAGCAAUUUGCUGCACUUCUUGGUAACACAAGUACUAGUGUCAAGUUUAUAUGUAUUGUGAUGAUAUUAUCGUAUUGUCUCUCUUUUAUGGAGCAGGCAAUCAUCACUUUAAGUGUAACACCAGGUUACUUAUUGCCUCCAUCAUUUUGGAUAUGGACGGCGUUUACUUUUUGUUUUCUGGAAAUACAUUUCUGGGAAGUGUGUGUAGACAUUAUAACAGUUGGACUUUGUGGCAAACUCAUUGAACCCCUAUGGGGUGCGAUGGAAAUGAUGACCUUUUUUGCAGUUGUCAAUGUUGGUGUUGGAAUAUUAUCAGCAUUAUAUUAUUUAUUUCUCUAUAUGUGUACUAGUGAUACGGACUUUUUAUUUGAUAUCCAUAUUCAUGGAUUAACAGGUUAUAUAGCAGGUGUUAGCGUUGCUGUUAAACAAAUAAUGCCAGAUCAUAUUUUGUUGAAGAGUCCAAUUGGUAAAAUAAUGAAUAGAAAUAUUCCCCUAAUGGUGUGGCUAGUUAGUUUGUUAUUGUGGAUCGUAGGAUUAUUAGAAGGUACACAUCCGACAAUGUUUUUAAAUGGUCUCAUUAUAUCUUGGAUGUAUUUGAGAUUUUAUCAAAGACAUACUAAUGGAUCUAAAGGAGAUAUGGCUGAUAAUUUUACUUUUGCAAGUUUUUUCCCCAAUGUUUUACAACCACCGAUUGCCGUAGUCAGUAAUACUGUACAUAACUUUUUUGUUCGUAUUGGAAUUUGUAAAAAAAUUGUUAGACGAUUUGAUAUGUCCAAUGCACCACCAGGUUUAGUUAUGAAUCUGCCGGGAAUCGAUCCUCAAGAUAGUGAAAGGCGACGGCAAAUCGCACUAAAGGCAUUAAGUGAGCGUUUAAGCAAAGAUCAUGCAAGACCGUGGCAGCAAGAUAGAAAUAAAAAAAAUAUUCCUCCUCUAGCUACUGUUUCAAUAUCUAUUCCAGAGUCUACUACAACAAAACCUCUGGUAUCUCCUCUUAUUCCACCAUUAAAUACUAAUAUUCACAAUCAAAGACUAUCAAAUACGUGAUUAAUAGUUAUAAUCUAGAUUUAAAAUGGAAAUUGAUAAAUUAUCUUAUUUUCAUACAGAAAAUAAUUAAAUUUUGUUACAUUGUUAAUUUCGAAUCAUAAAAGUGAAAAAAAAGCAAGAAAUGUUUAGUAAUAAAUUAUUUAAAGUUUAAGGAGCUUAACAUCAAGACUGUUUCAUGUUAUAAUCUAAGUUUAUAUCUCUUUUUAGCAUCUUUAUCGGAUUUAUAUCGUUCAGUUAAAAUUGAAAGAAAAAAAUUUUCAAAAAAACGUUGUUUCAAAAAUAAAUCAACCAUCCAUAUUUUUGUAACACAUCCAUCAUUUAUACCACGAGUUAUACCUUUGCAGUAUACGCCAAGUAUACGAGCAGCUACUUAAUACACAUUUAUACUAUACCGUAUAAACUCAUCCAGAUAUUAAAAAACUGAUUUGCUAUAACGUCAUAGAUUCAAAAAGUAUAUUUUAUUUCAUAUACCAAAAGGUCUAACGUAUAGUUUCCAAUCUAUACUUUGCUGUUGAAAAAUCAUCAAUAUAGACAUCUUAUGAACGUG